AUGAAUUUUGAGGUUAACAACGAUGUAUCUGAAAUUCAUCCAUCGAUUGUUGACUUAUCAAAAACUCCUGAAAUUCAUCCUGCAAUUAAUAUGAUUGAUGAACAAGAUAAUAAUAGAUAUGAUUCUUGGAAGUUCUCUUUGAUUGGGAGAUUGGAUUUUCUUAGAAUUAAAUUUUCAAAGGCUACCACACUUUUGAGGAAACAAUGGAGUUUAAAGGGUCAAUGUCAUCUGAUACCAUUGGGUAAAGGUUUUUUUACGAUCAAGUUAGAUAAUGAAGAAGAUAAAACAUACAUCAAAACUGGUAAUUGGGAAGUUUUGGAUCAGAUUUUAAAAGUUCGAAACUGGAUUGCAAAUUUCAGAUCUGAGAAUCAACGCACUUCUAAAGCCAUGGUUUGGGUUCACUUUCCAGGAUUAAGUUUAGAAUAUUGGGAUGAAAAAACUCUUUUCAAGAUCAGCAGAUCCAUUGGUAAUCCAAUCAAGGUUGAUGCAGCUACUUUGAAUUAUCAGAGUGGAUACUAUGCUAAAGUGUUAAUUGAAAUUGAUUUAGCUAAAAGUAUUCCUAAUAAACUUUGGAUUGUUACAAGAAAUAACAUGCAAACUGCUACAACAGAUGGUCAGAAGGUUUCUACUCCUUCACCAACAAAGCACACACAUGGUGAUACUUCUAGUCCACAAAUGGUUAAUCAGUCUAUAACUGUUCCAAGUUUAAUUUCCAAACUAAUUGAGAUACCUCAGUUCUCAAGUCCAAAUACUUCAGUUAUCAACAGGGAUGAAUCUUCACGAGCUACAUCAGAAGAUACUUCAAAGGGUGAAGAUCCUUUUAUUGAUGUUACAAAAGGGAUUUCUAAUCCAGGUUUAACUUCUAUCUCUAAUCUUGUUAUUCAAAUUGAUAAUAAUCAAUAUGAAGUUUUACAAGACAAUGAUAAUGAAUAUUCAGAAGAUGAAGAUGGUGAAAUUAAAGAGGUUAGUACUUCAAGCUUAUUAGAAUUUGGUUCAAUUUCUCAACCAGUUAUUAUUCUGCAAAAAGAAAAGAUCAUAACUCAGUAUGUCCCUGAAGUUAAUGAAAAUAGCAAAAUGACUGGCCUUAAAAGACAAAAGGCAAAGGAUAAGUUGUAUUCUUUAGUAAAAACUAAUAAUCUUACUUCGGUUUGGGUUGUGGAACUAAAAAUUAAAGCUCAUAAAUCUGGAAUUAAGCUACCAGUGGAGGUUGGUGGUGUUUUGGUGACUGGUAUUCAUGUUAACUCUUAUACUGUGAAUAGAAGAGUUCUGUGGAAGGAUUUAUAUGAGAUAAGUUUUCUUGAUAAACCUUGGCUUUUAAUAGGUGAUUUUAAUACUGUGUUAAAUGCUGAUGAAAAAAAGGGUGGUAGGAGCCCUCUUAACUCUGCAAUGAGUGAUUUUAAGGACUUCGUUGAUUCUUGUGGUUUAAUUCAAUCUCCUAAAAGUGGUCUAGAGUUAUCUUGGUGUAAUGGCAGAGUAAGAAAUAAAAGAAUUCUGUGUAAUUUGGAUGGAGCUCUUUAUAACUUGAAAUGGCUUGAUACUUUUAGUGGAUGGCAUUACCAUGUAGCUACAAUGGGUAUUUCUAAUCAUGGCCCCCUUAUUGGUUCUGAUACUGUUAUUGAGAGAGCACUAAAUACUCCUUUCAGGUUUCAACAAAUGUGGCUUACUCAUCCUUCCUUCUUACAAGUGGUUAUUGAUUCUUGGAAUGAAGACUUAGCAAGUAAUCCUAUUUUUAUGUUUAUGAACAAACUUAAAAGGCUGAAAAAAAUCCUCAAAAUAUGA